AUGGUGGAGGAGGUGAGGCUGGAUCCUACCGUUCUUGAGUCAGACCGCAAGAUUGUCAUUCUCAAACUCCAGAAGAUGGCAGAAUCAAGGCAAGAGACUAGUGUUCGAGUGAAGGAAAUUCAAGAAAUGGUGAACGGGAUCGGGUUGAUCAAAUGGAAUUUCGGGUGCCGAGAAGGAAAUGUGGCCACUCAUGCUAUGGCCCAAGUCAUUUGUGAUUGA